AUGACCCUAAUCAUAGCCAAAAACGAUCAAGGAAUCAGAGCUAAGCGUGAUCAUGGUGAUGGAGAUGUAGUGUCAGACAGGGAAGUUGUUAUGGCUUCAGGAAAACAUAUACCAUGUGGUCCAUGUGGCUUUGAUGAUGUCAUUAAGGAUGCUUGGAGAUGGUGCACUAGAUGUGAAGAAGGUUUAUGUAACGAUUGUGAAAAGGCUCACAGAAAAAGCAAAUCCUCAAGAAACCAUCAGGUUAUAUCCAUAGAAGAUUACCGCAAGAUUGAACAUGUUUCUAUAUCCCAGAUAUGUGAGCAUCAUGGCGAAAACCUGGAAUGGUUCUGUAAAAGUCAUGACGAAGUCCUCUGUGUAGCGUGCGUUCCGUCAAACCAUAAGGCAUGUUCCGAUGUUAUACCUAUUAGUGCCAACUCAGCAAAUGCAAGACAAUCAACUGCAUUAUCUGACCUGGAAGAGACGAUUAACGGAACUUUACGUAACGUGAAACAAUGCAUCAAGAAUCGUGAAUCUGCUUCAAAUGAACUAAAAAAACAAGAACUGGAGAUUAAAACCAUGGUUCAUGAAACGAGAACGAACAUAAAUAGCCACCUAGACAAGUUACAGGAAAAAUUGGUAUACGAACUAAGAUCUUCAUCUGACACAUGUAAAUCAAAAUAUAUCCAAAUCCUUCAGAAGCUUAAAUCAACAGAAGAAAUGCUUACCAAACUUUGGGAACAAACAACACAUAUGAAACAGUUUUCUUCUGACAUACAAGUGUUUCUGGGAACGCGCCAGGUCACUAAGCGGAUUACACACGAGAUAGAGUCCAUCAAAAGCGAAAUCGGUGCUGCCAAGAACUACGAAUUGACAGUAUCAAUUCAUAGCCUGAUCGAAAAACUGGCCAACGAUGUUCAGGACUUUGGUAAAUUAAAGGUAUCAGAAUCCGCCACCAACCUUGAUUUCAGAGACCAAAAAUUCGAUCAAGCUCAAAUUGAUAUCGACAUCUCAAAAUCUAGAAACAUCUCCGACAUACAACUUCAAUUAAGUCAUUCAUUUCAAAUAAAAAAGGAAAGUAACAUUUAUAUUUCAGGUUGUGUCAUAUUGCAUAAUGGUAAUUUGGUGAUGGCCAAUGCUACAGAGGAAAAACUUUUAAUAGAAUACAGUGAUACAGGUGAACACAUUCGUGACAUCCAAGUCACUGGGCAGCCAUUCGCUAUUGAUGUUAUAGAUCGUGAUCGUAUUGUUGUGACGUACAGUGACGCAACUUUUAUAGAAAUAAUUCAUAGUAAUACUUUCAACGUUGAGAUGAAAAUCAGUUUACAAAAAAAAAGCUCGGGAGUAUCUCACGCGGAUGGGAAACUUUACGUAGUACACGGGGACAGUGUGCAAGUCCUGGAUUUAUUUGGAAGAAACAUAAACACAAUACAAACAGCAUCCUAUGAUAUGAAUCGCAUAUGUGCGAGCAGAGACAGGAUAGUUUACUCAGAUUUAGACACCGACAAAAUACAUUGUUGUGAUUUGAAUGGAUUAGAAUUAUGGCAGCUCCAAAAUGACAACAUGGAUUUUCCUAGAGGUAUAACAGAAGAUAAUUACAAUAAUAUUUUCGUUGUAAGUUAUUUUUCAGAUAAUCUAACAAUAAUACAACAUGACGGGAAGACCAAUACGACGUUACUUACAAAAAUGGAUGGAAUUAUAAAUCCGAGAACCGUGUAUUAUGACAAGGUUAAAAGAAUUGUGGUGAUAUGCACCGAUGGAGGAAAUGUUAUGUUGUACAAAGUCGUGUAG